AUGCUGUUGAAUCAAGUCAUCGAAACAGAACAGCGCAAAGGAGAUGGCAAACUCACCAAAGAACAGGCCGUGGAAAUCAUGCGCAAGAGCUUGGAGCUGUCAAUUUAUCACGAUUGUUUGGCUGACAGCGAAUUCGAGAUCUCGACGAUCGAUAAAGAUGGCGUGAAGCUAGGAAAACCAGAGGUAAUUGCUGGCAACUGGGAUAUUGCUGAAUACAACUGUGAUUAUCAGUGA